AUUCCUCAGUUCAAGAUGGCGGACGCAGAAGUGGCGUCGGUGAAGAAGAAGAAGAAGGCGAAGAAGAUCAGUGAAGAAGAAGUCGGGGAGAUCCAGCAGAGCGGAGACUUCCUCAUCCAGCCCGAGUCUAAGGUCGCCUCUCUGGACACGUCACAGUGGCCACUGCUACUAAAGAAUUUUGAUAAACUGAACAUCCGUACGGCUCACUACACUCCUCUACCGAGCGGCUGCAACCCUCUGAAGAGAAACAUCCACGAUUAUGUCAGGUCGGGCUUCAUUAAUCUGGACAAACCGGCCAACCCGUCGUCUCACGAGGUGGUGGCGUGGAUCAGGAGAAUCCUCCGGGUGGAGAAGACGGGUCACAGCGGGACGCUCGACCCGAAAGUCACGGGCUGCCUGAUCGUCUGCGUGGAUCGAGCCACGCGAUUGGUCAAGUCCCAGCAGAGUGCCGGUAAAGAGUAUGUGGGGAUCGUUCGGCUGCACAAUGCCAUAGAGAGCGAGCACGCUCUGGCACGGGCGUUGGAAACGCUCACCGGCGCUCUGUUCCAGCGGCCACCGCUCAUCGCCGCCGUAAAGCGUCAGCUGAGAGUCCGAACGAUUUAUGAGAGCAAACUGAUCGAGUACGACCCAGAGAGGAGACUGGGCAUCUUCUGGGUGAGCUGUGAAGCCGGGACCUACAUCCGGACUCUGUGCGUCCACCUGGGUUUGAUGCUGGGGGUCGGAGGUCAGAUGCAGGAGCUCCGGAGGGUGCGGUCCGGCGUGCUGGGAGAGAAGGACCACAUGGUGACGAUGCACGACGUGCUGGACGCCCAGUGGCAGCUGGAUCACAACAAAGACGAGUCGUACCUGCGGAGGGUCAUCUUCCCUCUGGAGAAGCUGCUGGUGUCGCACAAACGUCUGGUGAUGAAGGACAGCGCUGUCAACGCCAUCUGCUACGGGGCGAAGAUCAUGCUGCCAGGUGUCCUCAGGUAUGAAGACGGCAUCGAGAUGAACCAGGACAUCGUGGUCAUAACUACGAAGGGCGAGGCCAUCUGUACAGCGGUCGCUCUGAUGACGACGGCGGUCAUCUCCACCUGUGACCAUGGCGUGGUGGCGAAGAUCAAGAGGGUGAUCAUGGAGAGGGACACGUAUCCCCGGAAGUGGGGUCUGGGUCCGAAGGCGAGUCAGAAGAAGAUGAUGAUCCAGAAAGGCCUCCUCGACAAACACGGGAAACCCAACGGCAGCACGCCAGCCCAGUGGAAGAGCGAUUAUGUGGACUACAGCGCCACGGUGAAAGAGGAGACGGCAGAGACUCCAGCCAAGAGAAAGAGGGAGGCGGCAGACAGCGAGGGAGAGGCGACGGCACCCAGCACGCCAUCUGCAGACGAGAUAAAGAAAGAGAAGAAGAAGAAAAAGAAGGAAAAGAAGAUGAAGCUGGAGGAGGCGGAGGCUGAUGGCGCAGGGGCGGAGCCAGAGGAGGCAGCAGGGGAGGAGCCUGAGACAGAGGUCACUGAAAGCGCCAAAAAGAAGAAGAAGAAGAAGAAACAGAAAGACGAGGAGACGUCGGAGUAACGGCCAUGGACACCGUCAGACUCCGCCCACAGAGCCUCCCGUCUGAACCUAAAGCAUUCUGGGAGAAUGGAAUAAUGGACUGCAUUGAUGCAGAAAAGACAAAAGGACUGUUUUUGUUUUUUUAUAAUAUAAAUUUUAUUGUUUUUUUUUUCUUUUAUAACCUGUAAAUAUGUGAACAGGAAGUCUGUUUGUAAUAUCAAAAUAAAAGUCUUGUUUUCUGUAA